CCUCCUCCUCUCCGGCUUCGCGAUGGGAGAUCGGAUGGUGAUCUUUUGGGGGUUUCGGUGUAGUCGGUGAGGUGGUGGUUGCGUUGAUUCGGGCGGUUGCACUGAGAGUGGUGGUGGUGCGGGGUGGGGGUGGAUGGAUUCUGGUAAUAGCGGUGGGAGUCUCCAGUCGUCGAGCGGCGGCGACGACGAGUUCGACUCGCGCGGCGGGGUUGACUCCUCCCCGCUGUCGGCGCUGCUCCGCCCGUCGGCGUCGUCGGCGGGGUUCGCGCUCCACGGGUCGAUGUACGGUUUCCAGGAGCUUGGUCCGGUGGGGACGUCGUUGCAUCAGCAGCCGCCGCCGCAGCCGCAGCCGCAGCAGGGGGUGAGCUGGUCGGCGGCGCAGUUCGCGGCGGGGGUGCCGUCCUCGUCGUCGCCGCGUGUCCCGCAGGGCGCCGACGCGGGGGCGGGGGCGGGGGUGCAACGGCAGGGUGACCCGUCGUCGGCAGAGGGGGCGGGGGCGGCGGUGGCGGCGGUGGCUGCGCCGGCGCGGGGGUCGAGGAAGCGGACGCGGGCGUCGCGGCGGGCGCCCACGACGGUGCUCACCACCGACACCUCCAACUUCCGGGCCAUGGUGCAGGAGUUCACCGGCAUCCCUUCCCCGCCAUUCGUCGCGGGCGUCGGGGCCCCCGCCGCGUCCCUCCGUACACGCUUCGACCACCUCUUCCCCUCGCCGGCCUCCGCGCUCCGCUCCGCCGCCGCCGGCGCGGCCGCCGAUCCGGUCUCCUCGCUGCCGCCCUACCUGCUCCGCCCCUUCGCGCAGAAGCUCCCGGCGGCAGCUUCCUCGUUCCCGCCCUUCACGUCAUCGUCGCCUUCCACGUCAACGCCGUCCUCGUCCAACAUCGGCGUCGCCAAUGCCAAUGCCAAUGCCAAUGCCACCGCCACGACGGGCACGGCCGCCGCCGCCACUACCGCCACACCCGUCAACGCGGCGGCGGCCGGAGCCGGCGACGCCUUCCAGCUGACGCCCGCCGCGCUCCUCCGGAUGCAGCAGGACGCAACCAGCAGCAGCUACCUCUCCUUCCCCAACGUCCUCGGCUCGUCGCAACCCAUGUUCGGCGGCUUCGGUCACGGGGGCGCGCGGCUGCACGACACCUCACCAUCGCCGUCGUUCUCGGAGUUCCUAGGCGGCAGCGGCGGCAGCAGCAGCAUCAGCCUCACCGACGGCGGCGGGCUCAUGUCCUCGGAGACCCUACACCAUCUGCCCCCAAGAAACGACGCCCACCACGGCGGCGACGAGCUGUCCGGCGUGGUCGCGUCAGGCAGCGGCGGCGGCUACGGCAGCUGCAAGCUCAACUACACCCCGCACGCCGGCGCAUCAUCCUCACAAGCCGCAGCCAGCGCCGACAAGCCGCCGGACACCGCCGGCCGAGGCGAGGGCCUCGACCCAUGGAUCUGUACAUCCGAGUAGGCAGAAAGCAUCAUCAUCACAGUGAAGAGAUCGAGAUGCAUGCUGUUCUCUUGUGUUCUUGUCAGCUAGUGGCAAACCAAGCACAAGAACGAACACGCGCCACCAUGGUCGAUCGCCAUGCAUCACAAACAACAAAGGUCUGAUCGAUUUUAUUAGCCUUUUAGCUUGUAUACUCACUUUUGUGUCACUGAAUUUAAUCAUAUCACUUCUCCUCCUCGGCUGCCCCCUUUUCUUCCAUCCUCACAAUCCACUCGCCGCCAUUCCCGUCGUGUCCUUUUGUUCUCUACUGCAUUAAAAACCUCAUCUCUUCCGAUUCUCUCCUAGAUACACCCAGAUUCUCGAGCAAUCACGCGCGAUCUACACACGUCGUAGUGCAACCGAAGGCGUACGCAGUACGCUGGCAGAGGCUGGUCACCGGAGGACGGAGGUGCGUAGCUAACGGCGGCGGCGGCGAGAAUUCCGGCCGGCGAGAGCGAUCGAUCGAUCGAGUCUUUGUGAAGCUGAAAUUGUUGCUGCAGCGGCCCCAACGGCAGCUCACCAAACAAACUGCAUACCAAAGGAUCCAUCCUUUUUCCUCGUAUGAAAACCACCACAAAAGAGACUCCAAAAAAGACAGAAACAAGAGGAGAAAGAAAGCUCAUAUCCGAGAGAGAGAGAUCCAGGCCUCCUUUUAGGCAGCUUAGAUUGCAAAAAAAUUUUAAAAGAGAUGUCACGUCACAUGUUUGAUGUUAGAAGUGGUAUUUGGACACAAAUGUAAAAAUAAAUUACAGAUUCCGCCAAGAAACUGUGACACUAAGAAAUUAUGAGACGAAUUUUUUGAGCCUAAUUAAUCCGUCAU